AUGCUGGACGGAGCUCCCCCGACAGAGAUGGCGCUGCAGAUCCGCAACGAAAAGCACCUCAAGCACGUGGGUGUGGCCAUGCGACGUCCCCGCGCGCGUGCCUCGUGCAUCAAGGGCCAGGCAGACGAAGACACGAAGCAGUGGGAGCUGCUGCUCUUCUCGAUCGCCGACUCGAGCGAGUUGGCCGAUCUCGAGUCGCUGCUCGUGCAGCUCGCACCGUCCACGUGCUACGUGUCGGCGGACCUGGAGCACCUGCAGGGCGUCGGUGACGGUAAGAAGCUCCACGCGCUCCUCCAGACACACGGCGUGGCCAGCGUCUACGUGAAGAAGAACGUGUUCCUCGACGUCCGUGGCGUCGAGACGCACGUUUCGAGACUCGUUGGCGCCGAGACAAUGGCCGUGCUGCCGGACGUGCUGUCCUGCAAGCUGGCUGCCGGGUCGCUGGCCUGUUUGCUCGACGCGCUUGGCGCCGUGACCGACACGGACGCUUUUGGGUGCUACACGCUGCAAAAAGGGAGCCUCGAGUCGGCCAUGCAACUGGACAGUGCGGCGCUGCGGUCGCUGAACUUGUUGCCGGAGCCAAGCGCUACGGCGACAGGAGGAGGGACGUUUGGAGGCAGUGUCUUGGAGAUCCUCAAUCGAGGGAAGACACUGAUGGGCCGACGGCUGCUCGAGCGCUGGAUUCGACAGCCACUGCUUGAUGUGGAGCAGAUUGAAACGAGACAAAGGGUUGUGCAGCUAUUCGUAAAUGACUCGUCACUCAGGAUGGAGCUGCUCGACGAAGGGAUGAAAGCGCUGCCUGAUUUAGGUCGACUGGCGACCUGCCUGGAAACGAAGAAGCAUGCAAAGAUUACCGACCUCGUAAGCGUAUACGACGCAGCGGUGGGUGCAAUGCCUCGUGUGUUGCAGUGCUUGAAGAGCGCGAAUGUUGGUCGUAGUGGUGAUGACACGAUAGCAAAUCUGGUGAAGCCUAUGUUCGUUGCGCCGCUAGACAAGGUGCUAGCAGAUUUGCGAGGCUACACAGAGCUCGUCGAGGAGGUUGUCGACUUGGACAGCCGUCCAACUCUCGUGGUAAAUGCCAAGCACGACGAGAAUCUACAGGCGCUGCGUGAAGAGUGGGAUGGUAUCCUUGCGGACAUCGAAGAAGAGCACCAAAAUGCUCUUGACAACAUCGGUGGUGAGAUCAAGUGCGAGAAAGACAAAGUUCGUGGUUUUGCUUUCCGUGUUAUCAACAAGAAAGAAGAAGCCCGUUUGUCCAAGUUGCCGCACGUGCACAUAUGCCAAGUACUCGUGAGUGGAGUCCUGUUUACGACGACAAAGUUAAAGGCGCUAGCCGACGACUACCGCCGUGUGCGCGGCGAAUAUGAGGAACGACAGAGUCAUUUGCUGAGUGCAGCGGUCGAUGUGGCUAGCACGUAUGUGCCAGUGCUUGAAGCGGCAACUGCGAUACUAGCAGAACUGGAUGUGCUGCUUGGAUUUGCGCACGCUGCAUGCCAUGCUGGCUCGGGGUAUUGCCGACCCAUGCUGGAUGCUAAUGGUGACUGCAUUGUGCUCACAAGCGCACGUCACCCUUGCGUGGAACUGCAAGACGGCGUGGACUUCAUCCCGAACGAUUACGCGUUCGAUCGUGAACAAUCGCGUUUCCAGCUCGUGACGGGGCCCAACAUGGGGGGUAAGAGCACCUAUAUUCGUCAAUUGGGGACCAUUGCCGUGAUGGCUCAAAUUGGUAGCUUCGUACCGGCGGAAGUCGCUCGAUUGCCUGUGUUCGACAAGUUGCUGGUUCGUGUCGGUGCAGGGGACCUGCAGCAGCGGGGGGUGUCGACGUUCAUGCUUGAGAUGUUGGAGGCAUCGGCCAUUCUGCACAAAGCCACUGAACGCUCGCUCGUGAUUAUUGAUGAACUCGGUCGAGGCACAUCGACGUACGACGGCUUUGGGUUGGCAUGGGCCAUCUCCGAGUACCUCCUCACCAAAGCGCGCUCAUUGUGCCUCUUUGCCACGCAUUUUCAUGAACUGACAGCUCUAGAGCGCGAGCACCCUCGCGGCUUUCAGAAUAAGCACGUAACGGCUGUAGCUAGCGACAGGGAUAUCACAAUGGUCUACCAGGUGCGGGAUGGCCCAUGCAUGGAAAGCUUUGGCGUCCACGUGGCAUCGAUGGCAGGAUUCCCUCCGUCUGUCAUCCAAUGCGCUCGGAGGAAAAGCCAGGAGCUCGAAGGUUUUGAACGAGCUUUGGGUACUAGUCAGGACUCUUGUGGUGGCGAGAAAUGCGCGAAAAGAUCCGCGGAGGAGACGUCACUACUCGAUGAGACCAGGCAAGCUCCUUCUUCGAAGAGAAUUGCGCUGGACAAGAGGCUCGUCGCCGCGUUUGCUGCGCUCCCUCUUGACAAACUCACGCGUACUGAAGCCCUUUCUGCAGUUCGCGAGCUCGUCGUCAAUGAAGGAAGCGGAUCGUGA